GGUACUGCUUAAUCUAAUCUCUGAACUCCCGGCCACAGCCCCAACCAUGGCGCUCUUCUGGAUGUACGAUAAGGAGAAUUCUAUAUAAAAUUCCUCGAUGGAAAUUUUGAAGGCAGUUUAUCGAAAAAUUCCAAGUGAUCAACAUAUGAUGAAACAGUUGCUUCUACUCUUAGCCGCUUUAGUGUUUGCCGUGGAUGCGCAGAUCCAUCCGGAUAUUAUAGAGGACGCGCAUUUAGACGCGCUUGGAUUGUUACGGAAGUACGGUUAUCCAGCCGAAGAGCACAUCAUAGAAACAGACGAUGGCUACCUUCUGGGAGUCCACCGCUGCCCGGGCAGUCCCUUGUCCCCACCUGCACCCGGAAAGCCCGUAGUUCUGCUACAGCAUGGCAUGCUGAGUUCUUCAGCUGACUACAUCCUGAUGGGACCGCAAACCGCUUUGGUCUACAUGUUGGCCGAUGCCGGAUUCGAUGUCUGGCUGGGCAAUGGCCGCGGUAAUCGCUACUCCAACCGUCACCGAACCCGGAACAACUCGACCCAGCAGUUCUGGGACUUUUCGUGGCACGAGGUCGGCAGCAUCGAUAUUCCGAACAUGAUCGAUUUCAUCCUUGCGAGAACUGGACAACAAGGUCUGCAGUACGUGGGACAUUCGCAGGGUACGACCGCCUUCUGGGUAAUGAUGUCUCAGCAUCCGUACUACAACCGUCGAGUCAAGAGCGCUCACUUGCUGGCUCCGGCGGCUUACAUGCACCACACCCGCAGCCCUUAUGUCAUUUUCCUGGCCACUUUUCUGCAUACAACCGAGCUGAUGAUGCAGAUGAUGGGCACCUGGUACUUUGCCCCAACCAACGAGAUGGACAUCCAAGGCGGACUCAACAACUGCCACGACGGAGCUCCUUUCCAACAGAUGUGUACGAUCCACACUUUCCUGAUCGCAGGGUUCAACACCCAGGAAGUCAACUACACUAUGCUUCCGGUCAUCCAUGCUCACUCUCCUGCGGGAGCGUCAGCCAUGCAGAUGAUCCAUCAUGCGCAGACAAUCCGUUCGCGAAUCUUCCGCCAGUACGACCACGGACCAACGUUGAACAUGGUCCGUUACGGAUCGAUGGUUCCUCCGCGGUACAACUUCGACAACGUUCAGGCUCCAACGCUGCUCUACCACAGCACCAACGAUUGGUUGGCAGCUCCGGAAGACGUUGAGCUUCUUCGUCGGGAGCUUCCGAACGUGCACAAGCAGUACCUGGUACGGCAGCCGCAGUUCAACCACAUGGACUUCAUCUGGGCCAUCAACGUACGGCCGCUCCUGUACGACGAACUGUUGUCCGACUUGAGGGCAUACGCCUAAAACUCCCCCGCCGAUGAGAGCAACGAAUAAACAUGACGUAGCUGAAA